AUGAAUACCAAAAUGAUUGUUCGGUUUUAUCAGACAGUAAAACCUCAUCAGCCAUUAAUCCAGUUUCGACAUGGUGUCCCAGUGAUAAAUAAAUCUGAAUCAACUCCGUCACCUUCUACAGUUGGUGCUGUGCAAACGAUAGAAGACUAUCAACUACCUACAAAAUUUAAAAGAGUAAUGAUGGAUGAUGCUGAAAUAAAUGCUAUUAAUAGUGGUGGAGCUGAAUGA